AUGGCCGACGAAACUGCCAAUAAGAGAACCCGUGCCUCGGGAGAGGUGCUAGAGUACCUUCUACGAGAGUUCGAUAAGAACCAGAACCCAACGCCUGACCAGCGGAAGGAUAUCAGUGAAAGGACGAAUAUGUCUGAAAAGGCGGUGAGAAUCUGGUUUCAGAAUAGAAGAGCUAAGCUUAGGAAGUUUGAGCGGAUGGGGAAACCUGUCAAGGGCUCCACCAAUGGGAAGAACACAUUUAACGCCAACUCCAGCUCCAACAACGUCGCCACGGGCGCUUCAUCUACGUAUUCGGGCUCCAGCAUCCAUUCUUCCCGCUCCAAUUCUUAUACGAGCAUUUCGGCGCUUCAGGCGCUGAGUACGCUUCCUGUUGAGGUGAAUGAAAAAUACUGUUUCGUGGACUGUCUGUCGCUUUCUGUGGGCAGCUGGCAGCGUAUCAAGAGCGGUGAACACGAUACGAACCUUUCGCUGUCGUUGGUCAAUCUUGCUCCUUAUACGUUGAACAAUGCCAUGACUAGUGUUGACUUGAUGGUGAUAUUGUCCAGAAGAAACCAGGAAAUCAAUUACUUCUUUCUGGCGGUUUCCAACAACUCCAAGAUUCUUUUCCGCAUCUUUUAUCCCAUCACAUCCAUCGUGCAAUGCCUGCUUUUGGAUAAUAACAUCAACAAGGAAAGCAACGAGUUGCGUCUUAACCUUUCCCGUAAACCAAAGUUCUCCGUGUUCUUUUUUGAUUCUGUCAACUCCAGCCUCAAUCAAUGGUCUAUUUGUGACGAUUUCUCCGAGGCCCAGCAAGUCAGUAACGCUUACUAUGCGCCAGGUGGCACUUCCACGCCGCAUGUGCUUGUCGGGCCUAAGCAUGCUUUGCUUUAUUUGAAGUCGUUUAUAACGGAGCAUAAUUUGGUUCAUCAACAGGCACAGGCUAAUUUUGGUCACUCAAGAGUCAAUGGCUCCAGCGGCUUGCCUCUGCGUAACGACACACCUGUUUCUGAAUAUAAUCUGGCAAGUGUCGCCAGCCAAUUCCCAUUUGACGAAAAUAAAGAACACGGCGACCUCCAAAUCAAACAUGAAGCUUGGGAGACGCUAAGUGACCGAAGUUUCAGUACCCAGGCCACAACUGCUCGUCCUCCAUUUGAGUCUCAUCCUCUGUUCCAGCAUCUUGCCCAUCAAGCCAACGACGGCAGCGGUUUAGCAGCCACUCCUGACUUCUUCAGCGCUGUCCAGACUCCUGGCUCCAACAUGGCAUCUGCAAAUGCCAACACAGACGACGACGGUCUCAUACCGAGCCCAACUGCCCAUGUCAAGAAAGGGCGCCAGCAGGACCACAUGUCCAGCGACGGUCAUAUCCAUGGUGUUCAUGAUGAUGAGUCUCCAUACGCACAGUUAAGCAAGUUUCUGGAUGACUAUCAGAUACAACAUGGGCUUGACGACCAUGCCCACGACCAUGGGGCUCAUGAUGAUAAUGCAUAUGGGUUUGAUCUACACCAAGCUCCUAAUGACGAAUUCCAAGCUAACGACCUUUUAGUUCACAGUCCAGAUUUAGCUUCCAAUGAUACUCCUGGCGCCUCUGCUGCCAGCCAGGUGGACACAUUCAUUGAUUACAACUCGCAUUACUGA